UCAUUUCCAGUAAAUGUCCUCACUUAAAAUUCUUUACGAAGUCGAGGGGUGAGGGGAAGCGAGGACGUUGCGAUAUUCUAUCAAGCCCUUGGUUAGAUAACGUUUAAGUCGAAUCCAUUAGCCAAGUUUUCGCGUGGAACAAUCCAUAAACUUUUAAAACCGAUGGACCCCAACAAGGCAGCGAGCGCCCCUGAACCAGGGUGGAAUCCUGGGGAGAAAAACGCUCAGGGCAUGUCGGCCCCUCCGCCAUACCAAGACCACCCCCAGUACGCCAACGCAGGCUACCCACCUCAGCCCGGACCUGGAUAUCCAGCCCAGUACCCAGGCUACUCAGCUGCCCCUCAGGGCUACUCAGCUGCCCCUCAGGGCUAUGGACCGCCGCCCCAGAAUGCGUACGGACAACAGCCCUACCCCAUGAGCCCCGGGCAGCAGUACCCAGCCCAGCCAGGGUCUGUGGUGGUUCAGCCCACUGUCUUUGUGCACCGGGCUCCCCUGACGCAGCCGGUUAACGACUACCUGGGCUACUCCAUCUUCACCAUGCUCUGCUGCUGCCUGCCCCUCGGAGUAGCAGCCCUCAUAUAUUCCAUUUCGACCCGUGAUGCCAACAUGGCCGGCGACCAGAUCACUGCGGAGAGGAAGAGCAAUACGGCCCGAACGCUGAACCACGUGGCUCUGGGGAUCGGCCUCACCUUCCUCGUCCUAUACAUCAUCGGCAUGAUUGUUGUAUUAGCCGUAUGAUAAUCUGAUUGUAUUAUCUCGGUUUAGUCAUGCCAUACUGGCUAGUCAGCGCCAAUCUGAGUUUGUUGAUCUUUUGGUCCAAUCAAGUAAUUCUGUUCUAAGGUGUAAGAUUGCACUGUUGGUUUAUCAUUGGUAUUUUACUCAACAUUUAUGUCUUUAACUAUGUAGCGUUAUUAGCAUAUGCUUAGGCGUUAGACGUUUUACACUGCAGCACUUUUCCGAAGAAAUAUCUUUCGACAGUUUAAUUUUAUAGUUUAAAAUUUUCGAAACCAACAAAGGAAAAUAAUAUAACGUUUGAAAGUUUUGUGCUUUUUAAGUUUUGUGCUUUUUCAUCACUUUUCCAACUACGAUGUCCAUUUACUCCUAUAAAAUGUUGAUCGUAUCAAAGCAAAAUUAAUCAUUUUACAGUCUCUUGUCAAUCAGUGUUCCCUUUAGUUUUUUCUGCUCGGUCUUUGAUACAGCACGCAGAACACGUGGACAUCCAAAAGUUAUGCAAAUAUAAGUUCAGCAUUGUGUCACUGCUGCAAAGCAUUUAUGCUUUCCACCAUAUUUACUAUAUUCUUGAUUUCACUAAGACAUCCUCACAUUCUAUACCAUUUAAACAAACACAUCUUUAACUUAGCAGAUUUUUACAUAUAUCGGUUGUCAAUCAUGUUUGUUAAAUAAAUGUAUGAUGUACUAAUGUUCAUACAUCAUUUUGGAUAAAUAUAUCACAUUUAUGCAUGAAUAAAGUUACAAACAUUUGUAAAAAGA